AUGAACACGUGCCCUGAAGAUGUAGACAAAAAAGAAGAAGAUGUUCUGAAGAAACAAUUGGACGACGAGGACGACGAUGAACUGUGGAGGCGGCGACUCUCUGAAGCAAUUCGUCGGGAGGAUCGUGGCGACUUCGUUGUCGCCGACGACGACGACGAUGACUUCGUUCUCCACCCACUAUGUCGUGCGGGUCCGCUUCAGAUGACUGUCAAGUCGUCAACCAAUACCUCCCCAACGAACACAACAUCCUCUUCGGCUUUUCAGUCAGCACCAUCCACGGAUACAGAAGAAGAAGAAGAAGAAGAGGACGAUGAGGAGGAGUCAACAACCUCAGGCGGUUUUCCAUUAGGAUUCCCUUUGACACCCAUCACUGCACACAACAUCACAUCCUCUAUCACCACGGGACUAGUCAAGAAGCGUCGAAGCUCGUCGUCUCCAGAGGAUAUUUGUCGUGAAAAGAUUCCACAUCUCCUCCUUAAAACGUCUUCUGGGGUGGUGGUGCCGCUUCGAUCGCAACGACGCAUCCUUCAAGCACCACCACCAUCCUCGGCGGUUCGUACUGCACCACCGCCCGGCUUUCCGGCCUAUUCGGUGAGCUCUCUGCAACAGAAGGAUGGAGAUGAUUCGCCGAUGGCCGACCUAGAUGACAACUAUCUUAGAAGACCAACAACUUCAGCCAGUGCUCCAACGAGUCCUAUUGAUCAUAGAGUUCGUCGAGGUGCCUCGGAGACUGGAGACCUCAAUUUCGCUGCCGAGAUUUUCUGGUUGAAGACACAGCUGUCCGAUCAUUGGUCCAUGAAAUGGCUGUUUCAGACUCUUAUCCUUCUCUUUUGUUGUUGUUGGCCAAAGAGUCCCCUCCAAUCUCUAGCAUGA